CAGCAGCAGCAGCAGCAGGCGUCGCUGCAGGAGUGCGGCGGGGGGAUGUUGUCGGGGCUCCCGCAGUCCUACUGCAUCGUGGAGAAGUGGCGCGGCUUUGAGAGGAUCCUGCCCAACAAGACCAAGAUCCUGAGGCUCUGGGCGGCGUGGGGCGACGAGCAGGAGAACGUGCGCUUCGUGCUGGUGCGCAGCGAGGCGUCCUUGCCCAACACCGGACCCAGGAGCGCCGAAGCCAGGGUGGUGCCCAGCAGGGACAGCCCGGGCCGCCAUGGCUUGGGGGUGACGGCCCGGGCCAGCCUGGCCUUGAGCCAGGAGCGGCAGCGGCGCGUGGUGAGGAAAGCCUUCCGCAAGCUGGCGAAGAUCAACAAGAGGAAGGGUCAGCCGCAGCUCGAGGAGCCACCGGCCAAGGAGGCCCCGGCGGCCGAGCGGAUGGAGACUCUGGUGCAUCUCGUCCUCUCGCAGGACCACACGAUCCGGCAGCAGGUCAAGCGGCUCCGCGACCUGGACCGGGAGAUCGACCGCUACGAGGCGAGGAUUCACUUCGACCGCAUGAAGCGCCACGGGGUGAACUACGUGCAGGACACUUACUUGGUCGGAGGCGAGCCGGAGCCCCCCGCGGGAGAGCAGGAGGUGGAGUCGCCCGCGGCGGCGGCGGCGGCGGCGGCGGCAGGGGAGUCAGAAAAGCCGGCGGCCGGCGGCGAGGACUUGGAGGAGUACGCGCGGCAGUGCGAGCAGGUGGCUCGGCUGCAGGAGCAGUGGCGCCGCCAGGAGGAGCUGAUCGAGCACUUGGCGGGGGAGAUCCAGGAGGAGCUCAACGAGCGCUGGAUGAGGCGGCGCCGGGAAGAGCUCGCGGCCGCCAAGGGCUCCAGCGCCAGUCUCUCCGAGACAGACUGCAACACGACCGAGCUGAGCGGCGGCGGCGGCGAGCUCCACGUGGAGCAGGAGCGCGUCAAGACGCAGCUGAGCACUAGCCUCUACAUCGGGCUGCGCCUCAACACGGACUUGGACGCCGUGAAGUCGGACCUGGAAUUUACGCAGCACGCCUGGGCCGAAAAAGAGCGCGAGCUCCAGCGCCUGCUCGAUUCCCUGGACGCCAGUCUCUCCGAGACAGACUGCAACACGACCGAGCUGAGCGGCGGCGGCGGCGAGCUCCACGCCGAGCAGGAGCGCGUCAAGACGCAGCUGAGCACUAGCCUCUACAUCGGGCUGCGCCUCAACACGGACUUGGACGCCGUGAAGUCGGACCUGGAAUUUACGCAGCACGCCUGGGCCGAAAAAGAGCGCGAGCUCCAGCGCCUGCUCGAUUCCCUGGAGUCCUUACAUGUGGAGGAGGAGGAGGAGGAGACGGCGUCGCCGGACGAGGACGAGCAGCGGGACCUCCCCUUCGACACGGGCGACGAGCUACCCGCCCCGGCCCCGAUCACCUCGGAAGAUUGGGGGGAGCAAGCCGCCCGGAGUUUGGGCAAGGACCAUGAGGACGAGGAUUCCGACACGGGAUUGAGCUCUAUGCACAGUCAGGACUCGGAUUCAGUGCCCGUGUGCGAAUCCCUUGUGUAGCCGUUUCCUCCCGCCGCUCCUCCCGGGCUUCUCCUUCACAUCAAUCAUCUCAGGGACCGCAAAGCUGUGCUUCUCCCCCGUCUUGGCCGUUGGUGCAAAAAUUCCCAUUGGGGCCACAUGCUUGGAUUAAGAGUUCCUGCAUUUCCUCCUGUUUCUGAUCAAAUGCAUUACAGUGCACUGUAAUGAUGAUGAUGGUGGUUAAGCACAGGUCAUUUGUGAUCAAAUAAUUAAGUCCUGGAAAAUAUAUAUUUGUAUAAACAAACAAA